UCUUAGGAGGGCAUUAGUCCGGUGCAGAUUCUGUCAAAAUGGUGUCCGACUUUAGAAAGAAGAAGUUGCUUCACGUGUUUAACGCGUUCUUCGACACCAACAGGAGUGGUGGAGUGGACAAGAAAGACUUCGAGCUGGCGAUCAAGAAGAUCACAGAGCUCCGAGGAUACAAGCCUGGUGAUGCUAAAUACAAGCAGGUAGAAGAAACGCUUCUGAAGAUUUGGGAUGGUCUGCAGAGCCGCGCUGACGCCAACAAUGACGGUGAAAUAUCAAAAGAUGAGUGGAUUCAGAUGUGGGACCAGUUCGCCAAAAAUCCGUCUGCCGCUGCUGAUUGGCAGAACCUGUACUGCAAGUUUAUCUUCGAGCUAGAAGACGCGAGUAACGAUGGUGAAAUCGACGUCGAAGAGUUCUCCUCGGUGUACGAAUCCUUUGGUCUGGACAAAGAGGAAUCUAUUGAUUCCUUCCAUAAGAUGGCAAAGGGUAAGAAGACAGUAUCUUUCGAGGAGUUCCAGCAGCUGUGGAAGGAGUACUUCAUAACUGAGGAUCAGGAGGCUCCAGGGAACUUCAUUUUCGGAUGUUUCAUCUGCAGCCUGUCGAAGCACUCCCACUCUCACUCGCAUUAAUUAAAAUAAGUAUGAAGAUAAGUUUGAUUGUGUUGUAAAUUUGAUGUUGUUUGUGUAAAUUAUAUUAUUUUUACAUGGUUA